AAAGUUUUGAGGCAAUGCAAGUAGAAUACUCUGCUGUAGUUUGGAUACCGAAGGAAGUGACGGGACUGAAUGGGAGAAAAAAAAAGAAAAAAUAAUAUGAGGAUAAAAACAGAAAGCAGAAUACGAAGCAACGUGCUGUGUGUACGAUCAAGAGAGAGAGAGAGAGAUAGAGAUAGAGAGAGAGUGGGAUACUACAUCUCGCAUGAUUCUGAUAUGCAUUUUGAAGUCGUGCGGGUCAAAGUUUUUUUUUUAGUUGUUACAAAGUAACGUUAGCUGUGAAAUGAAAAGCAGAGAUUGAAUUCUUGAUCGAGGUGGGUUUACCUACCUAACGUUACUGUAUGCGUUUGACAAUUCACCCGAGUCGCGUUAAUGUUUGUACACAAUCAAAUCAAUCACGGCAUGAAUUAUAGCGUAAAGCAUGGAAGACGAACAACUGGUUGGAUUUCAUAUAUAUAUAUAUUUUUUUACAAAGAAUAGAUUGCAAAGGGGCUGCUGUUGAAACUGAAAUGCUACUAAAUAAUUCUAUGUUAAUAUUGAAUAGAUACGGUUGGAUUUCUCCUGGACUUUAGUAUUUCUCCUCUGUCAAGUUCAGUUCUGCGUCUUCUGGAAUGUUUGGGAGUUGUUUUCCACCGGUUUCAGCUCGAAUAAAUACAUUUCUCUGGGCACUAAUAUUCUUAACAACGUUCGGACUUUGUUCAGAGCUGAAAGUUCGUGUUCGUUUAGCUGAUGGACAAAUCACAGAGGAAGUUCUAGAAGCAGACAGUGAAAAAGACUCCAUCACACUUGAGUUCAAACAGGAAGAUGGAACUCUCAUAACGUUUGUCGCUGACUUCAAACAGCAUGUGAAGAUCUUCCGGGCGCUCAUCCUUGGGGAGCUGGAGAGGGGCCAGAGCCAGUACCAGGCCCUGUGCUUCAUCUCGCACCUCAACCACAAUGAGUUCAUCCCCAGCGAGUCCAUGGCCCGACUCAGACAGAAAAACCCUCAAUCCAUUCGCACGGCGGAGGAGAGGCGGGGCCUGGACCAGCUGACCAUGAACGUGGCAGUGAACCUGAGCCAGGCUUGGCAGCUCAGCAGCCACAUCCACAACAUGUGCAGCGAGGCCCGGGAGGCUAUCUACACCCGGGAGAGGGACGUCAAACAUUGGCUGGAGAGAGGAGUGGAGGGCUCCGUGUUUGAGAUCCUGCCCCAGUCGGUGGACGUGGUCCCGGUCCUGCUGUCGUGCCGCUCUACGAGAGACGUGUGGCAGCCCUGCUCCUGCAGCUUCAGCCUGCGUCUGGAGUGGUACCCCUGCCUGCUCAAGUACUGCCGCAACCGUGACACCACAGGCAAAGGUAGCCCCUACAAGUGCGGCAUCAAGAGCUGCAGCAAAGGCUACCAAUUCACCUACUAUGUCCCCCACAAACAGCUCUGUCUCUGGGAUGAGGAGACUUAGCAGCACACUGGCUGUGCAGUCAGACCCCCUCACCCCCCAAUGCUUUUCUUUUCCUCCCUUAUUUAAUUUGGAUAUCACGUGGUAGUUCAGUUCAUCCUGUCGUGAGAUGAUAGUAGUUUUAUGCCUUAAAUGGGACAGUUUAGGUUGAAUUUGAGACCAAAGCUAUACCCUCUCAAUGACUCCUUUUGACAUUUCCUAUAGUUGGGAUAUGAUGCUGCCGAAGUGUCCAGGUACCUACUGUGCCACCUAAAGUUACUCUCACACGUUUGUUACUCACACGUUUGUGCCCAGCUGAUAAAAAAUGACUACAAGAACCUCCUCUCAUAAGGACACGUUUAUGCAUACGGCUGGACAGAGCAGCCUUUUUUUCUACAUUUCUUGCCCAGUGGGAUGAUUGGUGAAGGAACAACGUUCCCAUUAUGUUGUCACAGGAAACCGUGGGAUGCGGAUCGGAACGGUCAGUCGGACAGUGACUUAUGACGUCAAUAACACCGCUUUAGCCAGCUCUCUUCCUGGUCGACGGCAACUCAGGUUGCAAUCAACAAUGUUUCUGAUUGCUGGGAUUAUUUAUUUGGUUGCAAGGUGAAAUUAUUGAAGAUUCUUAUGUAUAAAAUGACUAAUCUUAAAUUUUCUUUAUAUAAACUUCAUCCCAUUUUGUCUUUUGAUUUGUGUAGCAAAACAGACAGAUUAUAUACACCAUUGUAAAAAAACAAAAAAACAUUAGCAACACCUUCCUAAUAUUGAGUAGCACCCUCUUUUGCCCUCAGAACAGACUCAAUUUGUCGGGGCAUGGACUCUACAUGGUGU